CCGCCCAUCCUCCGUACCCCUCCCCCUCCCUCGCGGGAGUCGCGGCGCUGCGGGUCUGACCCAGGUCGAAGGGGCCCCCAGGUUCCGUGGGGAAUCCGUGAGGGAGCGACGCCUAAGUCCCGAAAACGAGCUGGACGGUGGCGUGUGGCGUGCGGCGCCGUUAAGGGCGCUGCCGCGCGCGCUCCCAGGCCGCCCGGAAUCCUGGGCUCUUCGAAGGAGGAUCCGCGCCUGGGGCCAAAGAGCGAGGCAGACGGGGGCACUGCCGGAGCUCGAGCCGACGCAGUGUCUCCAGUCGUAGGUUGGUGCCUGGGGUCGGGAACCGAGGUGUUGGCGCUGCCUGCCCGAGCGGAGAUCCGGGUUUGCCUCCGCCCCCGCUCAGGACCCUGACGCGGGUGAGGCGGCCCCGGGAGCAUGAGCGGGCAGCGCGUGGACGUCAAGGUGGUGAUGCUGGGCAAGGAGUACGUGGGCAAGACGAGCCUGGUGGAACGAUACGUGCACGACCGCUUCCUGGUGGGGCCCUAUCAGAACACCAUCGGGGCCGCCUUCGUGGCCAAGGUGAUGUCCGUUGGAGACCGGACGGUGACUUUAGGUAUUUGGGACACAGCAGGCUCUGAGCGCUACGAGGCCAUGAGCCGAAUCUACUACCGGGGUGCCAAGGCUGCCAUCGUCUGUUAUGACCUGACGGACAGCAGCAGCUUUGAGCGGGCAAAGUUCUGGGUGAAGGAACUGCGCAACCUAGAGGAGGGCUGUCAGAUCUACCUGUGCGGCACCAAGAGUGAUCUGCUGGAGGAGGAUAGGCGGCGUCGCCGUGUGGACUUCCACGACGUCCAGGACUAUGCAGACAAUAUCAAAGCUCAGCUCUUUGAAACAUCCAGCAAGACAGGCCAGAGUGUAGACGAGCUCUUCCAGAAAGUGGCAGAGGAUUACGUCAGUGUGGCUGCCUUCCAGGUGAUGACAGGGGAAGCUGCCAGGACCAGACGUCCUUCCUGCCACUCUGUUCUCACGAUGCGACCUGGGAGUCCAGCUCCAAAUGAGAACAUGAACCAUACCCCCUCAACACUAUGCAUGGGAAGACCAAGGAGCUGUCACAAUUCCGGCAGAGAACAAAGAGAACUCUAAAUGGAUUUUAGCACCAACCUGCUGGUCGCUUGGUUAGAUUCAGACAGUCAGCAUGGUAAACUUUUGGGCAGCCUGGCUUCUUACAAGAGACGAGCUGGCCAGCAUCCCCACAGCUGAAACACUCAUCCUCUCGCUCCUUUGUGAUCUCACCCUGGGUCCUGCGCUUCCCCUGUUGCUUCUUCUUGAAUUUCUUUGACUUUUCUUCCGUGGCAAUGGGUUGAUUCUAGAGGUCAGAUAUUGAGCAGUCAGCAUUCUUUCGGUACAUUAGUUGUAUGAUCUUGACCAGGUUAACUAUCCUCUCUGAGCCUCAGUCUCUCCUCUGGGAAGAGACAAUCCUCAUAGACUGUUGUAAAGAUAUGGGAAAAUGCAGAAAAGGUACCUGGCACAUCAUAGGUACCCAAAAAAUAGUUGCAUUAAUUCUAACUUUUCUAUGAACCACUCCUGCCACCUGCAUGAAAUAAAAGAAAUACACUUCAUUUUGUUAAUAUA